AUGGUAAAUCCUCUCAACACAAAUAGUAACGAAAUUAAGGUUGAGCCAUUUUUAAUUCAUACUGAAUCUUUAGAAAUGCAAUUGAUCGAUUUAACAAGUAAAGCUUUGUGGAGUGAAAAAUUUGCAGAAUUGAAAAGGAAGUUGGAAGAGUUGGAAGUCCAGAAAUGUAUGUACGUAACGCAAAACAAGUGGACAACUUUUAAAGAAAUGCCGCGAAUUGAGGGACUCAUAUUCAACGCAUGGAAUAGUCUUCCAGAUUGA